CUCUAGAUUCUUAUCUUCUUCUUCUCCCUUUUCUAACCUUUCAAAUUCUCCCCCAUUUCUUCUUCUCUCCCAAAAUCCCCCAACCUUAAGGGAUAUGGCUACUACCAAUUCAUUGCCCUCCAUUCACAGCCCCCCUCACGGCGGCGGCCACCGCCGUACGUUACGCCGCAGCCACUCCGACUUCACCUCCUCCCCGUCCUCCUCCUUCUUCCUCAAAAAACCCCCCACCCCCGCCUGCACCACCGUCGCCGUUUCCCUCGGGGUCUACAAAUUCUCGAUCCUCUCCGCCGCCCCCACGGCGGUCGCCCCCACCGCGCAAUCCGCCGCCGCCUCCUUCGAUCUCCUCGAGCGCCACCUGUCCGCGCGGAACUUCCGGCAGGCCGACGAGGAGACGCGCCGCCUCCUCAUCGCGCUCGCCGGAGACGCCGCGCAGGAGCGCGGGUACGUGUUCUUCUCGGAAGUCCAGUUCAUCCCCGCGCCGGAUCUGCGCCGGAUCGACUCCCUGUGGCGCGAAUACAGCGACGGCCGGUUCGGAUACAGCGUCCAGAAGAAGAUCUGGGACAGAGUGGACGGAGACUUCACGGAGCUGUUCAUGAAGAUCGGGUGGAUGAAGAAGCUGGAGACGGAGGUGGUCCAGUACAAUUACCGCUCCUUUCCCGACGAGUUCAGUUGGGAGCUCGGCGAUGAUGUGCCGGAGGGGCACCUGCCGUUGACCAACGCCCUGAGAGGGACCCGUCUGUUGAACUACAUUCUCAUCCAUCCCGCUUUCGCCUGGGAAGAAGAAGGAGGAGGAGGAGGUGAAGAUAUCGGCGAAGAGAAGGGAGCGGGAUUGCAGAGGAUAUCUACUGUAACUAAACCGGAUUACAGCUUCUGAUGAUGGAGAUGAUCGGCAAGAUUUUUACUGUAAUUAUUGGAAAAAGAAAAUGCCCCUUUUUAACCCCCAACAUUUGAAUCCAAAAAUUGAACCCAACCUUACCGUCCUUACAAACACUGUUCCGUGUCCGUAAUGUCCGUAAGACUAAGGUUAAACUUUUGUGUUCAAAUGUUCGGGUCAAUCAAGCAUUAGCUUUCGAAAAGACUUGAAAACUACACUUUUGACACCAAAGCCAAACACCAACGCAAAGUGGGUUGAUUCUAUGUUGUGAGUGUGUUUUUUGGUGUAAAAGUGGUGUCAAAAGUUAUGUUUUUCUCAAUUUGCCCCUUAAUAUUAGUGGAAAAAAUGUUACGUGUAUUCCAACUUUGACACUUGACACCAUCUUAUUUGUGUCAAAAGUGGGGUGCUUUAAGCUUAAUAUGAUGAGUUGUGUUGGAAACUAAUCAGGUUUGACAAUAAGAGUUUGAUGCAUCGCCAAGUGUUUUACAAAUAUAUACUUGCAAUCGUUGUUUGUGAUGGACAAACAAUCAUUGUUUGUGCAUAUAUUUAGUACUUGCGUCAAACUUAUAAUGUCAAACUUGGGGAGUUUAGUAUUCUCGUAAUUUAGUUAUCAAGAUUCGUUUUGUUUAAAAUUUGGAAUUGGCGUUUGUAAUAUGAUUUGGGCGUGUUGGUUAAUGUGAAUUGGAGAAUAAUUGUGCAAGGUGUACACUAAAAAAGUGUACAUUAUGUUUUACAGUGUCAUUGU